AUGGCGAAUGUCGCGAAGAAUUCUGUUGUUGUGGGAUUGAAAGAUUUGGAGGGACGUUGGAGCCUCAAAAUUUCUGAAGUUUACCCCAUAGCUUUGAAAUUUUUUAAAGAGAAAAACGGGAGCAAAGCCCUGACCUUGACAUACAACGACAGGUUGAAGAUGUUUGCCCUGAUGAAACAGGCUGUCCACGGCAAGUACACACCUUCCUUGAUGCCUGACAACGGAUUGCUGGAUGUCGUCGGCAACAACAGGAGGUCAGCCUGGCAGCUACUGGGGGACAUGUCUCAGGAGGAAGCCAUGAGUCAGUUUGUUGGCAUGUUGGAUCGCUUGUGUCCGCUGUUCACUCACGUCGUCGAGGCUCAUAAAGUUGAGAAUGAUGAGAUGGAGAGGAGGAGGAAGGAGGAAGAGGAAGAAAUGACGCGUCAGUUGAAUGCCAAGGCCGAGGAGGUUAAGAAGCAGCAGGAGAUGAUUCAGAGGCAGAUGUCGCAAGAGUAUGUCGUGAUGGUCAAACACACACAUACACUUACAAGCAAACAUACACACAUACAAAUGUGCAUAUGCAGGGCCUUAGUGAGGAAUGCAUUGAAUCAGCAAACAUACAGCCAGUUUCGGUUGUAUGCGCAACUCCAAUAUCCCAGCAACCCACAACAGCAAGAUGCCUUAGUUGUUCAGAUGCAAGAACAACACUUCAUAAAGUACAUGCAACAAGUCUACAGUCAGCAACAACUCAUCAUUCAACAGCAGCAACAACAACAAAAUUUAAAGCAGCAAAAUGGGCAGGUACAACAGCAGAAUGUUUCUGAAGUAAGUCAACAACUGCAACAGCUCAACAUUCAACAACAUCUCAACACUCAACAACAACAACAACAAAAUAAUUUAACGCAACAACAACAACAAUAUGCCACAACCUCAGCAGUGACAUCAACAACACCGCUAAUGAAAUGCAUUGCCAAUGGAACGGCCUCCCUGUGGACUCGUAAGGACUUGAAGAACUUCAAAGAGUCUCUCAACUCCGAGCAGGACUCUGUCAUCAACAUCGGCUCGGGAGAGCUUGUCACUGUUCGAGUCCCGACUCACGCCAAUGGCACCUCUAUAUUUUGGGAGUUUGCCACAGAUGGGUAUGAUAUUGGAUUCGGAUUGUCAUUUGAGUGGAGUCCCGACUCAUCUUCUGAUGACGUAGACACCUCCAUGAAAGCUGCAUUGCCUGCAACAGCAUCAAAAGAGACGAACAACACUGACGGUAGCAAAGUGAACGUCGCGAAGAAGGUUGAGGUAGUUGUCCCCAUCGUACGGCGACAAUCCCAGUCGGAGGUUCAGUGCGGCAGUCACGUCUACCCAGGCUCUGGUGUCUACCUGCUCAUGUUCGAUAACUCGUACUCACUCUGGAGGUCGAAGACCAUAUUUUAUAGGGUUUAUUAUUCGCAGUAACUGGUAAUCUUAUCGUCACUUUUUUAAGGGUUAACUUACCUCUGUCAUUAUUGUUUAUAUGAUUAUUGUUUGUUAAUUUUAAAUUAUUGUAUGUGACGGCUUUUGUCGUUG